GUGUGUAUCAUUAUACACACUGAUAAAAUUAAAGCAAGGAUUUGUAUAGUAACUAUAAAAAUCCUUGAUUAAAAGAAUUUACGUAACUCUUAGACAUUGUUAGUUGAAUUUAAUACUGUAUCGUGGGUAUUGAGUUAAAGAUGUGUUCACGGGAAGAGGAGAUAGCUAAUGAAAUAAAAGAAGAGUUUUGUAGACGAGUGAUACCAUCAGGCAUAACUAGAUAUCUGACAUGCAUGACCGACCAAGAUACGGAAGAGGUUCAAGCAGUAGAGAAACAGAGAGGACCAAUACAUGCCGCUGAAAUCUUAUUACAGAGGCUUGUUAGACGUCCAGAUUGGUUAUUUCACCUUAUACGAGUUUUGCUGAUUCCAGAUGUUGGUUUAUUAGACUUUGGAGAAAAAUUAGAAAGAAAAUGUUCUCAAUUGAGUGUCACAGUUGGUGCAAUUGGAGAGUGCAUAAAUGGACAUGGAUGUGGAGAAAAAGAAGAACAAACUCUUGUUAAAUUACCACCAACAGACGAGCCAGUUGAAUUACUGCACACCGAACAGCAACAAGAACUUCAAGGACCUAUGACGCCCGAGCCAGUUGAAUUACUGCACACCGAACAGCAACAAGAAUGUCAAGGACGUAUGACGCCCGAGCCAAAGGAAUUACCGCCCACCGGUCAGCAACAAGAACCAACUGCUGAUCUUCGAAAGCGUGUGAUAUUAAAGUUGUAUGGCAAAUUGUUUGAUACGAUUGAAACUAGAGACGACAUUCCAGAGAUAAGGAGUUUGGCAAAAGAAAUGAUUGCAGACAUAGACGAAAUACUCCACAAAUGUAUUGUUUUAUCGUUCAGGAUCGAGACAGUAGAGAAAUUAGAUGCUUUCUGGAAUUUAUAUCACUCAGGAGGACUCGUAUCGGCUUUAGCACGAGAUAUUCUUACACAACAGAGGCGCCAACAGAUGAUUAUAGAGGCACAAAGUAACGGCAUAGAACUGUCAGAUGAGGACUUUCAAAUUCAAGUUUAUAUCAAAGAAAGUGACUACAUAUUUGUACGUGAUAUUCUGACUCACAAAAAUGCACCAUUGGGACCAAGAAAUACAAUGGAAUCUGUCAUUCUUCAUGGGACAGGCAGUUCUUUUCAAACACAACACGACAAAAACAAAGCACUGAGAGAAUACCAAAGAAUGUUAUCUUCUAGAAUGCUUCAAAUGUUCGAUGAUCCAUUUGUUCGAGAUUCCAUACCUGAAUAUUUAGUACAGCUGGCGAAGUUAGGUGCAUUUGAGGCGGUGCAGCUUUUUUAUCAGUCAAUUAUUGACAAGUUAGAAACCGAGUUCAAGAGUGAUUUAGGAAACCUUAAGGUAUAUAAUCUGGCAUACAUUCUUGGCUGCACUGACAAUUAUGAAUGUCAAUUUACUUAUAAUGGCGACAAUGUGGAACUUCUGGUAGAAGAUCAGCGUAUUAGCUUUGAUAAAGCUGAAUGGAAGACUUGUUUGAACUAUUUGAUGGUAAUUUCCAACAGAAUUAGAUUCAACAGUACGCUAGUUAUGACUUACCUUGCUGUUAAGCUUGUAAGUCAAAUUAUUACUGAAAGCAAUCAGAAUGUUACAUGGUUGAAGUUGUCAAAAAUAGAGAUGUUCCCUAUAAUUGCAGGGGCACUUUUGGAACCAUACCGAAUAUCAAGCCUGGCUGAAAACGACGAUUUGACGCAUUCAGCUAUUUUUGAAUACAUGUUCUACAAGCUACUUUUAUGUGACAAGAUACAUCAUGAGUCAUUUGGAAAUUUGGAUUGUCUCAAUUUUGAGCUAGAGAAGGAAACGGUAUAUCUCCUUAACCGUAUCAUGAGGGAAGGAACCACAUUCAAAACAUUACUGUACGCACCAGAAAAGGCAAGCAUAAUCAAGAAAUCCAAUUCAGAGCCUGUCAAACAUGCAUCAGAAAACACAGGUGGUAAGGUUAUUAAUAAAUUUCCAACAAUUACUUUGAAUAAGACAUCCAGAGAUAUUGAUAAAAUUGAAAUAUUCUGGUUUAAUGAUAACAAAAUCAUUGCAAACCGCAUCUGUUUACCUGAGUAUACAGACACUACCAUGCCUUUCAUGUUAGCCAUAGCACAAGGAAUCAACUUGCAUGGAUCGGGAGAACUUAAAGGAGAAAUCUGUAUAGAUCCAGCAAGAAUUGAAAGAAAAUCAACAAAAUUGUCACUAACACAUGAACACUUUAGACAAGUGUUUGUUGUCAGCUAUCGUGUCGUCUGUCAUGACGUCAAUGGCAUUACUGGGUCCGUGCCAUCUAAGGAUGAGUCUGAGGAUAAGUCGUCUAGCAAAAAGUCCGAAUAUUCUACAAGAAGCACUUUCAAACCGGUCGGUCCGUUAAUGAUGGAUUUUACUUCUGUUCCGGUGAGAGACGCAGAUAUUGUAUCACUGCAGAAUGCAUUUAUAAAUGGACUAGACGUCAAUGAACUGAAUCUGUCUGAAACUGGAAUUGAUGUUUUACAAGCUUACCCGUUAUGCAAAGCUCUUAUGUCAAGUAAUAUCACUCAGCUGAUUCUAAAUGAUAAUAAACUUUUUACAAGAAAAAUUGAUUAUAACAAAGAAUUGGGUUUAAGGAACCUAACAAGUCUUGAGAUGUUGGAAAUGCGCAACUGCGAGUUAGGGGAUGAAGGUAUGGCGGCAAUGAAACCAGAGCUUGCACAGUUGAGGAAACUGAGAAGCAUAGACGUUUCAAAAAAUGAUUUAACUGAUGUAGGACUUAAAACUUUAUGCCAGUCAUUGCUGAAUAACACUGGCAUCAGAGCCUUGAGAAUUCACGAAAACAAUUUUGGUCCUAAUGGUGGAUUGAUUCUCUCAAUGUUAGUUGAAGGUUUGCAUUUCCUUGAGAUAAUCAAUGUGUGUUAUUGUGGAUUAGGGGAUGACGGUACUGAGGAUCUAGCAAAUGCCCUACAAAGUAAACCGUUGAAAAAAAUAAAUAUUCGAUGUAACAAUGUAAGUCAAAAAGGCGCUAUAAAGUUCUUCAGGUUAAUCAAAGAAAGCAGACAUUUGAAUCAUUUCGAAUUCGGUAAAAACGAAGUUGGGAUAGUACAUCGACAGAUAGGAACAGGAGCCGUUGCAGUUCCGGUUGAUGAAUCAGAUGAAGUUAGUGAAGUAUUUGUAGACAUGUUGAAGUCCUGUGCAAAGUCAAUCGAAUAUUUAGGUCUAUGGCAGUGUGGCAUCGGUAACACAAGCAUCUUCGAUAAUCAGAAAGUACUGUCAGAUUUUACUGAGCUCACUGAAAUAAUUUUACAGGCAAACGAAUUGCAAGAUAAACAUGCAACUGCAAUUGGCCAGUCAAUGUCAUCAUUACCAAGGCUUCAGUCUCUCAUGCUACGCUCAAAUAACAUCGGACCGAAAGGUGCAGCCGAUUUGAUAGAUGGGAUUGCGAAAUGUCCAUCUCUACGAACAAUUAUUUUGGAUCGGAACAAAAUCAAUGACUUUGACACUUUGAAAAAAAUGGUAGAAGUUGCAACAAAAUCUCUUCCAUAUUUACAAAAGCUUGAUGUGUCUUACAAUGUUGAAAUGCUUGUUACUGCUAGAGAAGAUGUUAAGUAUAAAAUGUUACUAGAAACGGCAAGAACAUGUCUACACGAUGCAGAUGUUGAAGAAGGAGAGAUGCAAACAAGAAUCGAGGGUACAAGUUCGUUAAUGUUGACGCAAGAAGAACCAAAAAGAAGUAAAACUACAAUUAUUGUGAUAUGAAUGAACACAAUUAACAUUGUUUGUUGUUUGUCUUUAAACCCCAUUGUGCUGAUUUUGAGUAGUUUAGUUCUUUUUAUUUAUAAUCAAUAAUAUGUUCUGUAACUCAUUUUCAUAUUUUACACAAAUGCAAGAAGGGAACGUGUAUGACGAAAUACCAGAGUUGCACAUGCACAUUAAAGCCCGGCGAUAAGUUUUAUCAAAUAGGUCACGUUCAGGAUCAAGCUAGGGAACGGGGUUGGGAUUACGAAAAUUAGAACAUAGAACUGUGAAACAGAUAUUGCAUAAGGGUCAACUAACUUAUGAUUGCUUCCAUGAAAUUAACAAAAGAGAUGAUUUCAACUUCGACACAUGGAACUCUUGGUUUUAUAUCUUCUUUGAGAGCAGCAACCCUCUAUCAAGGAAAUCAUAAUAGGAAGUACAAUCCCUUGAAAAUCUAUUCAAUGCGAGAUAUAUAAUUUGUACUUAGGCGUAUAAGACGUGCAGUAUUUCAGGAUAAGGAAUGAGAUAAGCAAACGUUUUAAAACCGCAAAAUACUGUCUGAUUGGAAACACACUUGGAAUCAAAUUGGAGAGCCUGAACUGAGAUCACUGGACGAUUUGUUGUAGGGUCUUGUGGGAUCUAUAUUCUAAGUUACUGCAGUCAGUACGUUAUUUUUUGAUUUUGAUUGUCGAAUGUUCAUUUUAUUCAAGCAUUUAAAAACAUUUUGCACUUGAGGUUUUUGCCUAAAGGCUCUAUUAUAAAACUAAAUCUAACGCUGAAGGUAAUAUGAGUCGACCAAACAGCAUUAUACUAAUAAUGUACAAAUAUGCAAUCUAGGAAACAUUAAAAAUAACAUUGAGGUACCAAAUUUAGAAGUAACAAAUCUCCUUCGUGGAAGUCUCGAAUUUCUUGUCAGGAUUUGGCUAUUAGUUUUAUCCUAUUUGGUUUGAUAUUGAAUAGUCAUAUCAUUUGGCCACGAGUGUCACUGAAGCGACAUAAAUUGUCGAACUGCGCAUCUGGUGUAUUUAAAUUUGCUUUUUUUUAUGUUAUUUUCAAAUAUACUAGAACACACCCGCGAAAUCGCGGGCAUUCAGAACGUAGUUUAAAGUAUGUAAAUACGCGUUGUUGAAAGAAUUUUGUAAAAUACUGAAUGACUGGAGAAUUUCAGCAAAAGUAUCAUGAGUCAUAGGUUAUUGGGGACAGGAAAAUGCUUUUUUUUAUCCCUCCUCCUUUAUUUCCAAUAUUCCCAUUUUUUGGUUUACUAUCAAUUUCAAUAUGAACAUACAUUAAGUAUGUUAUGAACAUUCAAGUAAGGAGCCUGUAAUUCAGUGGUUGUUGUUUGUUUAUGUGUUACAUAUUUGUUUAUCGUUCAUUUUUUGUACAUGAAUAAGGCCGCUAGUUUUCUGCUUUGGAUUGUUUUACAUUGUCAGUUCGGGGCCUUUUAAAGCUGUGUAUAUAUUCGGUAUGGGCUUUGCUCGUUGUUGAAGGUCGUACGGUAACCUAUAGUUGUUAAUAUCUGUGUCAUAUUGGUCUCUUAAUUGUGGAGAGUUGUCUCAACAUGGCCAUCAUACCACAUCAUUUUUUUUUUGUAAUCAAUGAAUUUUGUAAUUGAUUUUAAAUGACUGGAGAAUUUCAGAAAAGGUAUCAAAAGUUCACAUGAAUAUUUUUAGCGAUUAUCUGUUAUUAUGAACAUUCAUUACUAUAUAAAUAUAGCCUGUAUUAUCUUUCAAUUCUAAGUUUACUAAUCGAUCCAUUCUUUGUAUAUGUAUGUUCAAAGUAUACAGAAAAACGCAAACCGGAAGUCUAAUCUGACUUAAAAUUUCGUCCAAUGACUGGACAAUAUCCGGAUGCCUUUUUUCUCGUUUUUCUCCAAAAAUAACUCAAUCUGAAUAUUCAUAUGAAUGGAUGACAAAUGGCACUAUGCACUGUACCUAUAGGACACAGAGGCGUGUUGAUUAAUUUAUUGUGGAAAGAAGAGAAGCGACACCCAAAAUGAGGUCUUCUUGUUUAAUAGUAUAGAUAUGUAUACAGAAUGUAUAUAAUAUAUCUAAAUAUAGUUUUGAUGAUAUAGUUUAUUAGUGAUAUGUUAUCAUGCAUAUAAAAUAAAAGUUAAAUACAUCUUUAA